GCGCGCGGAGGGCUCAGCAGUUUCAGGGAAGACGCAAACAUGCCUGAAACCGUGAAAGCGCCCAAGAAGGGCUCAAAGAAAGCCGUGUCCAAGGCCACCAAGACCGGCAAGAAGAAGAGGAAGACCAGGAAGGAGAGCUACGCCAUCUACGUGUACAAGGUGCUGAAGCAGGUGCACCCCGACACCGGCAUCUCCUCCAAGGCCAUGGGCAUCAUGAACUCCUUCGUCAGCGACAUCUUCGAGCGCAUCGCCGGCGAAGCCUCCCGCCUGGCUCACUACAACAAGCGCUCCACCAUCACCUCCAGGGAGAUCCAGACCGCCGUCCGCCUGCUGCUGCCCGGGGAGCUGGCCAAGCACGCCGUGUCCGAGGGCACCAAGGCCGUCACCAAGUACACCAGCUCCAAGUAGACCCGCUCCGACUACACCACCGCAACACAAAGGCUCUUUU